AUGCGUACAACGACUUCCUCAACCAUUCCCCCACCCAUACCCUCCACCCAUCUUCUAUCCCACCAUCCUCCCGUCCGCCGCCCCUGUUGGGAGGACGAGCUGUGCAUGAGGGCGGAGAGCGAUGGCAAGGUGGUGAUCACUGCCAGGUGGCUCGCUCACUGCUCCUGUGACGUGAAUGUGUGCAUGCAACGGCUUACCCACCCAUCCGUCCUCUCCUCUUGCCCAUCCACCCCGCCAGGAGGACGAGCUGUGCAUGAGGUCAGAGAUCGACGGCAAGGUGGUGGUCACUGCCAGGUGGCUCGCCCACUGCCUCCGCCACUCCCGCAUCCUUCCCCUCUCCUCGGUACGUUUAGGUUGUCCCACCUGCCCCACCUGCCUCAUCUGCCCCACCUGCCCCACCUACCCCACCAACCCCACCUGUCCCAAAUGUCCCACCUUUCUCGCCUUGACUUGUCUCCUACCUACUCCACCAACCUCACCUGCCUGCCCCCCCAGGUGCUGCAUCGCCCCAUGCGGUUCACAGGAGCCAUUCUCGGUGCCGAGCGGCUGCUGCUGGGCGUCACAGGCUACAGUGGCAGCUUGUGGCGAGAUGUGGUGCACCAAGCGGCUGGUGCCAAGCCUCACGGGCUACAGUGGCAGCAUGAGGCGAGGGGUGGACUGUGGAGGUGA